UUCCUUUUUCUUUCAACAUUUUUAAUAUAAACGAACUAUUUUCACCACCAUCCUUCAAUAUUAGUAAUAUUAAUAUUCCUGAAGAAUUUGGUCUAUCAAGAGAACUUUUUUUCUUUGAUAACCUGAUGGACCAAAACAUGGUUGCAGCUAAUGGUCCUUUUAUAACAACUCAAGGAGAUCAUGUAGUUGAAACUAACUAUAUGACAAAUGGUAUUGUGUUUCAAAUUCGUGGUGAUUUAAAUAAUGAUGAAGAAAAAAAGGCCGUUGAGGAUGAAGACUUUAGUCUUUAUAAUACUACCAAUCAAUGGAUUAUUAAAAAGGAACAGACAAGAAGUUUUGAUGAUUUAGAUAGUACUGAAGAUAUUCCUCCACCAGAAUAUAAAAGACAUAAGGGUCGGGUAGGAUUAAAGUCUUCCAUCGAGGGAGGAAAUACUAAAUUAAGUAUUAGUUUUGAUAUUGACCUAUCAACAUUAAUUGAUGUAGUUUUAGAAAAUAAUGAUAGUGAAAAUAUUAAUUGUGAAAUUUGGCGUUAUAUUGUAUUUCUUAUAUCAGAAAGUGAUGUUUACAUACUUACAAUCGGCUGA